UGAACUCAGCAGCCGGUGUGCUUGAGAUAACGCCAUCCUCUCCUCUGCAGACUAGAACCAACUUAAACCAUUCUUGACGAGCGUUUCACAAGAUUCACAACGAGCUGGAAGAGCAGAAGAAGAAAGAAAUUCAUGCACUUUUGGAACAACUGGAGGAAGACAUAAUUAAAACAGCACUACAUCCAUGGAUGAAAACAAGCCUCCUCGUAUGUAUUUUAUCGGCAAGAAAGAAGAUCUCGUUCAGGCCAAGAGAAUGAAUGUGACUCUAGACGGAAGAGACAUUCUUAUUAUAUAUCAUCAGAGAACUUUCUAUGCAAUGGACCUGCAGUGUUACCAUGCUGGCAGUAGUUUAGAGCCCGGAGAUAUUGAGGAAAUCAACAACAAGCUCUGUAUUGUGUGCCCAAAGCACAAGUAUAAGAUCACUCUGGCUGAAGGUGAGGGGUUAUACAAGGCCAGCAACCCCACAGAAAAAGUUCCCACUCCACGGUGGUAUUCCAAAGGCAUAAAGCAGAGAGUGCACAAAGUGACAGAAGUAGACGAAGACAUCUUUGUGACGUUGUCCAGCUGCCCCGGGUGGAUUGAGUCAGACUAUUAUCAGACUGAGAAGGGCAGGGCAGAACUGAGAAAAGCACAGGAGUCGGAGAAUGGAGAAGCAGACGUGAAUGCAGAUGAAGACGUUUAGUCGGGCGGCAACAGUGAGACGAGAGCUUCAGGGAUCCUAAGGGAACUGCAUAUAUUAAGAUUGAUGAUUUCAGAGUCAGUCGGCAUGAAUAAACCUGCGAUUUGACAUCAUUAAUCAAAUGAUAUGACCCUUUUUUGUGACAGUGCCAGGAUCUUUAUACAUCUCAAUGAUUCACAGUAAUGCCUGUAUUUCAGCUCAAUUUGUUAGGUUUUGCAAAAAUACAAUCCUAAUAUCUGAAAAAAUCUUAAUAAUGUGCAUUCUUAAAAAAAGGAUACAUUUUAGAAAAGAAAAUUAUAUAUAUAUAUCAUUCUUUGUUAAAUGUUCACUUAUUUAUACUAAUGAUUACAUAUAUGUAAUAUAUAAUAUUAUUUAAAGUAGUCACAUUUUACAUUCAUGCAUUUGGCUGAUGCUUUUAUUCAAAGCGACUGAUGUUGCAUUAUUGUUAGUUUUUUUUUUUUUUUAGUGCGCAGUGAGCUCAUAUUAACAUUGAUAUGUCUCCAAUAAUGUUUUCUUUUGCAUUUACUCCAUUAAAUACCAAGUUGAUUCUUGCACAAACAUUUAACUUGGCAUUCAGUUAUUAUUUCAUGGAUGAAAUUUUCUGAAGAGAGACAGUGUCCAUCAAGAGUAAAUGGAAAAGCGGCAGAAAUUAGACAGUUGUGGCAUACAUCAUAUUUAUUUUUCAGAUUAUAUAUCAUUUUGAUUUGUUUGGCUCCUGUGUAUGUGAAAUUGUGUAAUUUUAUGAAAGCAAGAUUAUUAGAUGAAUGAAAAGUUCAAAAGAUGCAUGUAUUUAAAAAAGUUGCAUUAUAAUUGUCUUUACUGCCACAUUUGGUCAAUUUAAUGCAUUCUUGCUGAAUAAAAGUAUUAAUUUCUUUUAAACAAAUGACUGAACCCAAAGUUUUGU